CAACGUUCUGUGGCAAUGAAGGGAAAGCUGCGGGGGCGGAGGUUCAGCACACGUGUUACUGCGCCAAGUAGUACGGCAGCGUUUGGCAAUGCUUUCGGUUGCUUGGACCAGACGCCGAAUCGAAGCAGCUUCCACGUGGGACGGUCUCGCGUUUGCCCAGACACCGAAGGGAAAAGCGGAAAGAUAACGGGUAGGAGCCACAUACGUGAGAAGAAAGAAGAGCAGCUUUCCUCGAGCCAGUCGAUCGCAGGAUCUACAUCUCUAUCUACCUUGCUCAGUGCAACAAUGGAGCAAAGCUCAUUCAGCACUACGAAUGAUGGGGUGUCCAUGAUGUCCAGCGGAGUCGAUGGGACGUCAAUGAUGUCCAGUGGAGUCGAUGUAUCACUUAUGGAAAGCAGCAGCAGCCAGCAGCCGAGCGAAACCCGUGGCAGCUUCAUGUGUAUCCUGUUCUCGGCACUCUGCGUUGCCUGCAUGCUCAUCGUGGUUCUCAUCGUGUUCGUGACUGCCGGCACAAAUGUGUCUGAAGAAACCAUCGAUGACAUUGGCGGUGGAGGCAGUGGCGGUGGAGGCAGUGGCGGGGGAGGCAGUGGCGAUAGAGGCAGUGGCGGUGGAUCUGGAGGUCAAGGAGGUCAAGAGAGAGUGGGCGGCGGCUCGGCGAAUGAAAGAAGCCCGACCAAAGAAACUUUUGCGAUGACGCCUUCUGGAGCUGGACCAACAACUUUCCAGAGCACAUUUGAGCCUCCGAUGUCAGUUGCGAUACCAGCGCCACCAGUCCCCACGGCACCACCACCAAUGAGCACGUUAUCGACAAUUAUUGAAAUCACCAGCACAGCCAUUGCCAGCAGCCCCACGCCAACAACAUCUACCACUACCACUCAGGUGCCAUUACCAGCCGGAUCGCUGCUGUGCACACUAACAAAAGGCUUCUCGAGGAAAGGGUACAAGUUUCCACCCGAUGGACUCUGCACCAUCAUCAUGUUUGACUCGUUGUACGACGAAGGUCACACAUUGGCACCGCCCUACAAAGAAGAUUUCCAAUACUUCAUAGAAACGUCUGCGCAGGCACAGCUAUCUGAAUUUGGCAUCGGUAUCGAGCAGGGUACAUGCAGCACUGAGGAUACCAUGAUGGAAAUCGUCGGCAACGCUUCGACCAAGAUACAUUUAGACAAGUUGUGGGACGACCAUCGCAUUUACCACUACGGUCUAGUGAACCCAGACAUUUAUAUAAGCACCCGUCCAUCCAAUGCUGUGAAGUUGGCAGCCAAAGGUCUACAGAUGAUUUCCAGCCUCAUGUAUAAUAAGAGAGACGCAAAACUACGGCCAAGCUAUACCAUUCUCCACCAUUGGCUGUACACUGACACAGACGGUAAUUACGUUGGAAUGGCUCUGAAAGAGGUGCCGGUGGAUAUAUAUGUUCUUCUUGUACACAACGAAUACCCCAACAUUGAAGACAAAAAUUGCACAAUGGUGCCACCAAGUUUACUAACCGCAGAUCUCCUGAUGCACCUUAGAAAUGGCACUGUCUACGGCGUCCGCAUGGGCAUCAGCCUUGGUAUCCUUGCCAGGCACCACCAGGAAUGGCCCCACACCUUGAAGUAUGCUGUGUCCUCGGGCAUGUCCGGCCGUUGGUAUACGCCAUGUGAACAGGGUAGCAUAUCCAGCCAUGGUCCAACAGGCUACACCCUAGGCAACAAAUGCGGAUGGGCAUGCGAUAAACGGAACAUUGCCUGGUAUAAUCAGAUCACUUACAUUGCCAAGGCCUGCAAGGAUCCUGCGUUCAACAACUCGUUCUAUGUAGACACCGUGUACCAUGCGCUCGUUGCGUACAAUGUCAAACAAGGACUAAUGUUCACCUAUGACGGCCCACAGAACCUUCGUACAAAGCUGUGCAUCUCCAAGAAGAAUGCGACGAACUUGAAGUAUAACUUGGCCGCUGUGGGCAUCGAGCUGGAGGACGCCAAAGGUGUCUGCGGUUACGGGCCAUUCCCACGGCUCCACAUGCUCAAGAAGCUGGCAGUCUUCUUCGCUUUUAAUUAUACGUCUGCUGACAAGGAGACAGAGUGCCUGGCGGUCAACUAAGGGGAUACGCAUUUACUAUGUGCUUUCGGCUCAAGCUCACAGGACAUUUUUUUUUCUGCCGAUGAGAACAAAGAAACAUUACUGUUUUCAAGAUUA